AUGAUUCUAAUUAUUAUUAUUUCAAUAUUAAUUGUUAUUUUUCUAUGGAUUUUAUCACAAACUAAUUUAUGUAAUUGGUUAUGUUCAAUAAUUGUUAGUAAUUCAAAACGAUAUCGUUAUCGACGACGUCCUAAACGUCUUAUUUUAAUUCGACAUGGUGAAAGUCAAGGUAAUGAAGAUUCAAGUAUUUAUGCAACAGUACCUGAUCAUGCUAUUGGUUUAACUGAAAAAGGACGAGAGCAAGCAUGUCAGUGUGGAAAUGAAUUUAAAAAACUUAUUGGAAUAAAUGAAACAUUAACUUUUUAUGUUAGUCCAUUUCGUCGUUCAAAAGAAACAUGUGAAUUAAUAUGUGCAGCAUUUCCAGAAGAAAAAAUUUUAAAAAUACGAGAAGAUCCACGUAUCAGAGAACAAGAAUGGGGAAAUUUUCAAGAUCUAGCAACACGUGAAAUAGUAAUAGUUGAAAGAAAAAAAAUUGGACGAUUUUUUUAUCGAUUUCGAAAUGGUGAAUCAGGUGCUGAUGUAUAUGAUCGCGUUAGUUCAUUUAUGGAUAGUUUAUUUCGUGAAAUGGAUAAUAGUUUAUUGGCAAAUAAUAAUAUACUUAUUGUUAGUCAUGGUUUAUUUAUGAGAUUAUUUUUAAUGCGUUUUUAUCGUUGGUCAGUAGAAAAAUUUCAUACAUUAGAAAAUUUUAAUAAUUGUGGCUAUUGUAUUUUGGAAAGAGAUGAUCAAAAUGGAAGUUUUAUACUUAAAACAGAAUUAAAAGUUUUUCCCGGACGAAAAUCAAUUGAUAUGACAGAUUUAAAAGAACAAUUUAAUGAACAAAGUUUUGCAGAAGAAAUUCAUUCAGAUCUACAUACAAAAACUGAUUAG